AUGACAGACCCGCAGACAUCUCCAUCCUCCGCCACCGCCCCGACCCAUCCCCUCCUCGCCGUGAACCCCUCCGAAUCCGCCUCUCUCAAAGGACACAAGGCAAAGACCCCGAUCAUCGCCGGCGUCACCACAGCCGGAUGCCUCCUCCUCGCCUGGCUCGUCCUCCUCUUCCUCUGGCUCCGCAAGCGCUGCAGACGUAGGCGCCGCAUCCGCGCGGGGCUCGCUCCCGUCCCCACGCGCGACGACGACGACGAAGACGACGAGCGCGCUCCUGUCCGCCCAAAGUCGACCUACAUCAUCCCCCCGGACCCCGCCGUCCUCGCGGGGCUCCGCCGCCCCGGCGAGGUCGUGGUGGGCGAGCCGACGGUGAACGGACAUAGACAUGGCCAUGGCCACGGCCACGGCCACGAUGCGAGGCCACAGGCGGAGGGCGAUGGUGUUGCGAUCGACGAGGGGGCCAUCGCUGGAGAGGAGAAGCACACAGGGAGCAGGCAUUCUGCGCGAGGUGCGUUUCGCGCUUUCGCUUCCUCGACCUGA